GGAGCUGGUUCCUCUACAGCAGCUGGAUCCGACAUGUCUGACAUGGCGCCAGCACUCCAAGGACCAGAACUUCAAGGGGGAUGCUGUCAUGACCGGACACCUGAAGGAGAGCACAGCUCAGAGCAUGCCACAGUAAACACCUCAGCAGUGCAGGUGACCUGAACCUCAGCUGACAGCAGAAGAAGAAGGCCAGCAGAUCUAUUUAUAGCAGAGUCCUACAGAGCAGCAGACCCGGUCUAUCACGUCCUCCACCUCUGUACUGUCCACCAUGCCCGGCAGCCAGGCCCGGUGUAGGGCCAGAGAUCGCAACAACGUCCUGAACCGGCCAGAGUUUCUGUCCCUGAACCAGUCGUCCCGCAGGGAACAGGCAGGGGGGGAGGGGCGGGGGAGCAGCGGCGGUCCGAGGAGACCCGUCUUCAGACAGCAGAGUCAGCAGGACAACACUGGAGGGAGGGGGUCCAGAGACUCCAGUGAGGGGGGUCCAGGUGCUGAUGGCGGUGGUGUGAAGGACACUUCCCGGUGGCCAGAGCAGGACUGCAUGCAGCUCAACCCGUCCUUCAAAGGUAUCGCCAUCAGCUCUCUGCUCGCCAUUGAUAUCAGCCUGUCAAAGCGUCUGGGGGUCUGUGUGGGGGCUCAUGGCCCUGGGGCCCCGCUGCGCUCCAUGGUUACCCUGCUGGCACUCACAGGCCACGCCCUCCUCUGGAUCUGCGGCACUCUAAUCUGCCUGUGGAGGAGUAGCACGCUGGCCGGACAGGAAGUGCUUGUCAACCUGCUGCUGGCACUGAUCCUGGAUCUGAUGACAGUUGCUGGGAUCCAGAAGCUGGUUAAACGUCGGGGACCGUGGGAUUUCCCGCCAAGCUUUUUGGACUAUAUUGCCAUGGAUAUGUACUCGUUUCCAGCAGCCCAUGCCAGCCGGGCCGUGAUGGUGUCCAAGUUCCUGCUAAACCACCUGGUGCUGGCGGUGCCUCUGAGGAUCCUGCUCUACCUGUGGGCCUUCCUGGUGGGCGUGUCCCGGGUGCUGCUGGGGAAACAGCACCUGUCAGAUGUCGGCUGUGGCUUUGCACUCGGCUUCCUGCAUUUCAGCCUGGUGGAGUCGGUGUGGCUGGACUCGGCCACCUGCCAGAUGCUCAUCUCCAUCGGCACGCUGCACUGGACUCUGGUCUGACCUGCUUCAGACCCGUUCUGCUGCAGACUCGGGUCCAGUUUGGGCCGGUUUCACUGGGUUCUUCUGCCCUCCAUCAGCUCGCUGCUGCUGACUGAAGACAGGGGCCGCCUGGUCCUGAUUGCGGCUCUGUGGAGGACCUGAGGAGGGCUUGCAGGACUGUUUGAGUCUCAGGCAUUGAAACAGGAAGUGUCUGCAGUCCCAGUUUCUCAGAUUUUUCUGUAAAAUUUUGUGAAUGUAAAGUUUUUUUUUUUUUUGUCAGAAUCUGAGUUUGGACUUGGAUGUUGGAUCGACGUCUGGCAAAGUUUGGGUGUUAUUCAAAGGUCUUCUUCAACUGCUUGAAGCUUUGUAUUUUUUAAAUUGUUGGAUGAGAGCAGAUUUCAGAAGGUAAAAGCUAAAGGUCUGCCCUCAGAACUGAAGCUCAGGUGUUGGACUGGCUCUUUGUGUAGGUUCUGUUAACCUGGAAAAUUUUCUCACACUUUUUUUUGGCUAACUGUAAAUCCUAGAAACUUCCUACCAAGGUGCUGAUUAUGGACCUCAAAGUGCAAAUAUAAAUUUUUUUUUUAUAAGAACUACUGACUUUAAAUAUUGUAAAAUGCAAAAAGCUGCUCAGGGUUUGGACUAGUAUAAACUCGGUUUAUUUUCCAAAUGAGUCACCGUCAGCUCUUCAUACGUUCGUUCUCUCUGGGAACACCCCGAACAUUUUCCACCCUGUCAGAAUUUCUGAGCACCUACAGAAGAAUUCAUAGAAAUAUGUUGGAACUGUAAGACUCAGUCUGCCUUAAUGUCCCAGAAUACGGAGAUAAUGAAGCUAAUAUUGAGAGGAUGUGAACUCUGACCUUGACCCCUUCCUGUCCCACUCGAUGUGUGCAGAUGGAUUAGAAAUGUUUAUUUGUACUUUUACCAGGUUUACAGUUUGUUUUCAGAACUGAAAACAAUGAGAAGCCCUCACUUGUGUCUUUAACAAAGGUUCUGCCCCUCAGUAGGCUUUCAGAAAUUAGCAAAUCAAAAGAAAGUUUGCUGUUAGGGAGAGUGACCUUAAAGAAAGAGGAGCUACAUCAGCUCAUUUAAGACAGAGGAUGAAGCGAGGGGCUGCACUGAACCCCAGUAUCAGAUAAAGAAGGAUUAUUUUAAACUGUGAAUCAUGCAAAGCUGCUCUGUAAGAAUAAAAAUUAUAAAAAUGGAAAUAAGCACAAUAUCAUUGCUUUA